UGCCCUGAAACUAAACGCGCUAGUCACCUUUCACGCGUUUCGCACGCGCCUUCCUCACAACAGAUAAACAACAACAGUUUGGCUUUUGAUAUAGGACCUAGUCUCCACUCAACAUUCGACUACAGGGAAGCUGGGUUAUUCUACGGAUUUGAAGAUUCUAAUCUUAGUUUCGAGCAAGAUGAGUUCGAAUGCCAAUAAGCGCAAGGCGACAGCGGCACCUGUAUCGAGCGCAAAGACUCCAUCGAAACGAAGGCGCGGCGACAAUGCGACACCGACCCGCACUCAAAGUCCACCUAUCGCUCAAUCGACCUUCAGACCGAUCGCGCGUCCAGCUAGAUGGCGAGGCCCGCAGAAGCGAGAGCGUUCCAACCUACCAAGUCAAUCAUACAACACUGAAGCUCCUGAGCAGUCCAAGCAGUACGCCCGACCGAUACGCAACGAACAGGCUACAGAUAGCGGCCAACCCCCAAAACCAAGUGAUGUUGCACUCCGAUUCUCAUUCACAAUGGCUGCCGACCAAAGGUCAAACGAUCACCACCGCCACCAGCCCCCGAAUGAGAGCUUCUCCAAACUGGCUGUGACCAGCAAUACCACUAAAUACGCAUCCGGCCAUAGACCACAGGCAGAAACCAUGACGCGUCAAAGCGUUUCGGCGUCACCGUUUAUCCCUGACUUAUCCAAGCCAAAGACGAAGCGAGAAGGCUAUGGCUUCAGCUAUUCGGAAACAUUUUGGUGUGACUCUGAUGAGUAUCCAGACACCGAAUGUGAUACCGAGUAUGAGUGGGAGUCUGAAGUGCCAAAAACACAGCCCAGUACAGGGCCUUCGAAGAGUAUCAAGCAAGAACACGAGUGGGACGCCGCGAAGCAGACGAUUCAGGCCAGCUUUGGAGGGUCGACAGUCGUUGACUGCUCCUUUGAUGACGCCGUGGUCCUGCGAGAUAUUGGUUCUUUCCACCUUGCCAGGCCUCAACAGAUCCUACCAUGCACCAAGGCCACCCGCGAGGAUACUAUCCGGCUGAAAUACCAUGCAAAAACACUACUCAACAAGUACCAAGAGUCUAGCAACAUUCAGGACCAGCUAUUGACUAGGCUUGAGCGCAUGGUCGAUAAGCGGCAGAAGAGCGCUUCAAAUGAGGCACAUUCUGUUACUCAUUGUGCACUGAGACUGCAAGACUUCCUUCUGAAGAUCAAAGAAGAGCGCGUUGAGACUGGGGAGCAUCGACGCUUCAUCGAGCAUGAGAUCGAGUGGGUGAAUUGGUUGGUUGAAGCUAGUCGGACUGGCGUGAUGCAUUUGAGAACUAGGGUCUGUAGGUGUCGCCCAGAUUGGGAAGAAGAUGAAGUGUAA